UUUACAUGUGGUACCAAAUACACCAUCUGACAAAUCUACAUCGCACUACUUGAGUACUUUUCCUCUUAUUUCUUCUUCUUGAUCAUUCCAUUUUGAAGUAGUCCUGACCCAAUUGCUCUCUCUAUCACUAUUGAUUUUUCAAAAACUGUUUAACCAAAGCAAAAUCUUGGAGUUGGAGGUAUGGAAGGAGGUGGUAGAUUUGUUGGGGUAGCAGUCGAUUUCUCAGCAUGCAGCAACAAAGCUCUGAAAUGGGCCAUUGAUAACAUUCUUCGUAAAGGGGAUCAUCUUAUUCUCGUUACUGUUCGCCCUGAAGGACACUAUGAAGAAGGCGAGAUGCAGCUCUGGGAGGCUACUGGUUCUCCUUUAAUUCCUUUAUCUGAGAUAUGUGAUGGCCACACAAUGAAGAGGUAUGGGGUUAACCCUGACCCUGAAACAUUGCAAAUGAUAACCCUUGCCGCUAGGCAGAUGGAGAUUACAGUAGUCAUGAAAAUUUUCUGGGGAGAUGCUCGAGAGAAGUUAUGUGAAGCAAUUGACAAAACUCCCUUGAGCUGUCUGGUCAUAGGGAACAGAGGCCUUGGAAAGAUCAAGAGGGCUAUUAUGGGCAGUGUAAGCAACUAUGUGGUGAAUAAUGCUACGUGCCCUGUAACUGUUGUGAAGAAAGCAGAAGACUAAUUUCACAAUGUUCAGAACUCCUUAACUGGCAAAGCUGAAAACUUGUGAUAAAUUAAUUGUCUGUUUUCUAAGCUUGGUGUCGGAUGAAACUUCUAUAUCAUCGCGAACAUUGAAUAUGUUGAUGUGUGUAUUGUGUACCGUCAUGUUGAACCUCUAUAAUUCCUGUCACUAUGGAUUGCUGCAGUAAAUAAACUUUUU